AUGUCAGUGCCCAUCCCCCGGAAGCUAUGGGAGCAUCCAGACCCCGAAUCAACAUCAAUGGGUCGGUUCCGGCGAGAGCUGGAGCGGUCAACGGGGCGGCGAUUUAAUCUAACGUACAGCGAAAAUGGCAAGGCAUUCUAUGACAUGUACCUCUAUUCCAUUCAAAACCGCACUGCAUUCUGGGACUUUUGCUGGAAAUACUUCCACAUUAUCCACGAAGGCUCAUACACGCAGAUCGUGGAUGAAUCUGCCCGUAUGGAUAGUGUGCCAGAAUGGUUCAGGGGUGUCAAGUUGAACUUCGCCGAGAAUAUGCUCUUCUCCGGCAGUCCAGGGAAUACGACAGGCAAAGAAGAUCACAAGAUUGCAAUCACCGAAGUCCGAGAGGGCGCCAAUAAAGAUGCCGUUCACCUUACCUGGGGAGAGCUGCGAACGAAGGUUGGAACUUUGAUACAGGCGAUGAAGGCUAACGGAGUGGUUCGUGGUGAUCGUAUUGCGGUUUGCAGUGCAAAUUCAAUCCACACAAUGCUGGUCUUCGUGGCUACGACCGCUCUCGGCGCGAUCUUUUCAUCCAGCUCUACGGAUAUGGGCACUAAGGGGGUUUUGGACCGCUUGUUACAGAUUAAGCCGCGUUGGCUUUUCAUGGAUGAUUUUGCCGUAUAUAAUGGGAAGACGAUUGACCUGCGGGCCAAGAUGAAGGAAAUCGUCCAGGGAAUGGAUUCGGUGUCUGAGUUCCAAGGAGUUGUUUCCCAACCACGAUUCGCUGAAAAUCCAGCCGAGGUGGGAUCGAUCCCGAGAGCUCAGACGCUGGCAAGCUAUCUGGAGAAGGCAGCCGGAAAUGACCGUCUCGAAUUUGAGCGUGUUGCUUUCCGGGAUCCAUUCUUGAUCGUUUAUUCAUCUGGAACAACUGGCCAACCCAAGUGCAUUGUCCACUCGGUCGGAGGAGUGCUGCUCAAUGCUAACAAGGAAGGAAAUUUGCAUAUGGAAAGUACAUCGGAUAGUGUUGCGCUACAGUAUACGACGACUGGAUGGAUUAUGUAUCUGACCGCGAUGCAAACUUUGCUAUUCGGAGCUCGAGUGGUGCUCUACGAUGGUAGUCCAUUCAUCCCGAAUGUAACAGCAUUGGUGGAAUUAGCAGCUCAAGAGAAGGUCACACACCUGGGGAUCUCCCCACGGUGGCUACAGGAGCUUCAGCAAGCUAAUAUCAAACCCCGUGAAAUGUUCGAUCUAAGCUCUCUUCGCGUGGUGACCAGCACUGGCAUGGUCCUACGGGAUGCAUUAUUUGAGUGGUUCUAUGAUGAAGGAUUUCCAUCUCAUGUCCGUCUCAAUAACAUCUCAGGAGGCACGGAUCUAGCCGGAUGUUUUGGCGUGAGUAAUCCUAUCACGCCAGUCUUUGUUGGGGGCUGUGCAGGGUUCAGCUUGGGAGUGCCAGUGGAAGUGUACGAUUCAACCAUCGAAGGCGAUGGUGUCAAGGGAGUUCCUGUGGCCGAUGGAGAGCCAGGAGACCUGGUCUCUACUGCUGCCUUCCCUAACAUGCCGACGCAAUUCUGGGGUGAUCACAGCGGCCAAAAGUAUUUUAAUGCAUACUUUGAAAGGUUCGACAACGUAUGGACCCACGGGGAUUUCAUCUCGAUACACCCUGUUACGAAGCAAAUCACCUUUAUGGGUCGGGCAGAUGGGGUCUUGAAUCCCUCGGGAGUUCGUUUUGGGUCGGCAGAAAUUUACCGAGUUAUCGAAGGCCUUUUUCCUCGGGAGAUAGCCGACUCCAUCUGUGUCGGUCAGCGUCGACCAACCGACAGUGAUGAGCAAGUCCUGCUUUUCUGCUUAAUGAAGGAAGGGGUCGCUUUUACGCCAGACUUGGUGACUCGGAUUAAACAAGCCAUUCGAACGGAACUCAGUGCUCGUCACGUGCCAAUGUACAUCUUUGCGACUCCCGAAAUCCCCACCACCGUGAACUUCAAGAAAGUCGAACUGCCAGUGAAGCAGAUCGUAUCCGGCAAGCGGAUCAAGCCAUCGGGCACCCUACUUAACCCCGGUAGCUUGGAAUACUACUACCGAUUCGCCGAGGUUGAGAAGCUCGUGCGGGAGAGUAAGCUGUAA